AGGGAAGGAGGCAAGGAAGGAAGGAGGCAAGGCGGCGGGGUGUGUGUGUUGCCAUGGGGAUGAAAGGUUCUCCGAGCAGCUGCUGAUUCGCUGGCGCCGCACAGCACCAUUUUCUCCCCUUCUUCUCCCUCGCCACGCCGUCCAAUCACAAGGCGGAUCCUGGAGGACCUUUUCCCCAGAGGACCUGCCGCCACACACCGGGGAGCGUGGAGGACGUUGGAGGAGAGGACACACGGUCCUGUGGAGGACGUUGGAGGAGAGGAUUUCAGCAGCGGGCGAGAAGAUGCCUUUCAGCUGCUGAGUCCGAGGGUUCUUCCUCAUCCGGCACUGCGUCAGCCAUGAAGUCGGAUGGUCUGGGGACUGCUCACAAGUCAGAAGAUGGACAAGCGUCCAAGGCGAAGGUCGUGAGGAAGCCGGCAGCAAAGCCAAAGACGUCGACUGGUGCGGCAGUUUUGAAUGGCGGUGGAGCGACGGCAGCGGCCAGGCAGCAGGUCGCCAGCGGACACGCUUCUUCUCGCUCCCGCGAGGUUAAGGAGACUGAAAAGAAGCCGAGCACGAGACCUAAAACUUCUCCCCCGAGUUGCACUGCAGUGAAGACGGCGAGGAGCUCGACUGUAAACAGUGCCACUCAUCACAUCACUUCGUCCACGUCAGGCGGGGCCUCGCCGGAAAACGGCGCUGGUAGCCCUCGAAACGGAACUCCAUCCCUCCCAGGAGUGAAGCCCAAACAGCAGGCCAAGCUGGUUAAAAAAGCAACACCGACAAAGUCAGAGUCUACAAAAACCAGCGGCUGUCCUCCCAACAAGUCCAGGGUAGGAGAAGGUGUCAAAUUCAAGACAGCAGAGGGCGCUGUAACUGCAUCAAGAGCAGAACCCAAAGGUAAAGGAGUCCAAGCCAACCAUGAUGCCAAGCAUGGACCUAUUGGGAAAAGGCUUGCUUUGUCCAGGAAAGAAUUAGACGGCAAGGAAGGGUUGAAAUCAUCCCUACCAAACAAAACACACAGUGAAACUACCAAGAAGGUUCUCACUGGAGCCUCACCUAAACCCAGCGCUAAACCCACAAAAGUCUCUUCAACUCCCUCAAAGCAACUUUCAAGCAAGUCAGGACCAAAGCUGAAAAGUGCAACUGAGACUACUGCCAACACUGAAAAAGCCUCAUCAAAAUCUGGAGCAACGUUUAGAACUACUAAAGUGCCAGCUGAGGCAAAAGAUUGUGACAAAGGUGAAGAUUUGCACCAUGAAUCUGAAUCUGCUCCGCAUAAAAAUGAUGGUCGCAAGAGGCUGGCUAGCCCUGAGAAGACAGGAGCACAACCACUGAGGCAAGGCCAAGAUUCACUCAGCCUUCAUCUGGACCCAACAUCUACUCCCAGUGUCCAGAAGAAUAAAAUGCAGUCUGUCAACUCACACGGGGCAGAGGACCUUAGCUCUGCACCGCAAGAAGUCAGAUCCGUUAGUGCUGUUAGGCAACCUGAAAGCAACACAAGGCUACGCUCUCCAUGUACCCCCAUAGACACCUCUUGCAGUAUGGGAAGCACAGGUACUCCUUUGGAGGACUCCUGGAGCAGCCACCAUCGAGUCAGCCCCGCGUCUGAAACUGGCAGCACACACUCCACAUCCUCGGACGACAUCAAGCCCCGUUCUGAGGACUACGAUGCUGGAGGCUCUCAAGACGAUGACUGCUCUAAUGACCGAGGCGUGUCCAAGUGCGGCACCAUGCGCUGCCAUGAUUUCUUGGGGCGCAGCAGCAGCGACACCAGCACCCCUGAGGAGUUAAAGAUGUACGAAGGUGGGGCGGGGCUGAGAGUUGAAGUGAGGCUGCGUGGACGGGAGGUGGAGACCACCAGUGAGGAGGAGGGAGUGAAACGCCGUCCCCGUUCGUGGUUGCAAAGGGAAGAGCAUUCAGGGGCUGUUAAAACCACCGACAGUGUCCCUGAGCACCAAACCUCCGAGGACGAGGAAGAUGAUGAAGAGGAAACAGAGGAAGAGAGGUCUGAAGUAGAGGUGAUCCCCAGUCAGGGUCCAACUGAACCCUCGCCACAGUUCCAGGGCAUCAUCAACCUGGCGUUUGAUGAUGAAACUCUGGACCAGGAAAACGAUCAGCCAGACUUCCAGUCGACCUCCAACUUCCGUCGGUCCAUUUUGCUCUCUGUGGACGAAUGUGAGGAGUUGGGCUCAGAGGAAGGCGGUGCCCAGACCCCCCAAGACCCAGACAAUUCUGCCAACCCAGGUGAUGUUUUUGAGUUGGAUUCUUUAACUCCUCAGUCCCACUGUGCUCCAUCCCACUCGCCAAGUCAGUGUGAACAUUCAGGUAUCACGUACACAGAGCAAAGUGAGGAACAUCAAGAGAAGUCCUUGGUAUUCCUUACCGAGGUUGAAGAGCAAACGCAAAAAGACGCAGAAAGGACCAGCCCCUCUCUGCCGAGCACUGACACCAAAGACCCCCCACCCCAGGAGCGGCCAUGUCACCUUGACCUGCGGCACGCUCCACAGUACACUAACGGUACACCUCAGAAAAGUCAAGCAGAAACCCAGAAAACCGGUGUACAACUGGACUUCCAUGAGCCACAAAUGACAGGGGACUCUCCCGUUCAUGCUGCACAAUCUCCGGCAGGCCACAUUGCUUGUGACAGAUUGGAUCUAAGCGGCAAACAUGAGCGGACGCCACCCAAAGCCCUCUCCCCCAUUUACGAGACGGACGCGGGGGAAGCGUUUGAGCGCCGCACGGACAGGAACAUUAGACGUCAGGCGGAGGAGGAAGGAAAGCCGAGAGGGGACGAUGAGCACGGCUUUGCCGAGCAGGACUGGAGCCUGCUCAAGCAACUCCUCUCGGACCAGCAGUCCAAUCUGGGCGUCAUAAACCCGGUGCCCGAAGAGCUGAACCUGGCCCAGUACCUCAUCAAGCAGACGCUGUCCUUGUCGCGGGACUGCCCUGACACCCGGGCCUUCCUGUCCCCGGAGAGGGAGACAUUCAAGCGCUGGGCUGAGCUCAUCUCGCCCCUGGAGGACUCGUCCACCAGCAUCACCGUGACCAGCUUCUCCCCGGAGGACGCCGCCUCGCCACAGGGGGAGUGGACCAUCGUGGAACUGGAAACACACCACUGACUGCGAGGAGGACCCUGUCGCACAAACCAGACUCCAUAUUUAGCCAUUCAAACCAUACUGGUCCUGGUUUAUUCAGUGGGGCUGUUAUGCAUGCAGAAGUGCUUUCAUGUCACACAAACAAGUGGGGGGAAAGGUUCUCUCAUGACAGUUUCAGUUUAAAGGCCUACUGAAAUGCCAUUUCCUUAUUUCAACGGGGAUAGCAGGUCCAUUCUAUGUGUCAUACUUCAUCAUUUCGCGAUAUUGCCAUAUUUUUGCUGAAAGGAUUUAGUAGAGAACAUCGACGAUAAAGUUGGCAACUUUUGGUGGCUGAUAAAAAAGCCUUGCCUGUAGCAGAAGUAGCAGACGAGUAGCGUGACGUCACAGGUUGUGGAGCUCCUCACAUCCAAACAUUGUUUACAAUCAUGGCCACCAGCAGCGAGAGCCAUUCGGACCGAGAAAGCGACGAUUUCCCCAUUAAUUUGAGCGAGGAUGAAAGAUUGGUGGAUGAGGAAAGUGAGAGUGAAGGACUAGAGGGCAGUGGGAGCCAUUCAGAUAGGGAAGAUGCUGUGAGGACCUGAUAUUCAGCUGGGAAUGACUAAAACAGUAAAUAAACACAAUAUACUCUAUUAGCCACAACACAACCAGGCUUAUAUUUAAUAUGCCACAAAUUAAUCCCGCAUAACAAACACCUCCCCCCUCCCGUCCAUAUCACCCGCCAAUACAACUCAAACACCUGCACAACACACUCAAUCCCACAGCCCAAAGUACCGUUCACCUCCCCAAAGUUCAUACAGCACAUAUAUUUCCCCAAAGUCCCCAAAGUUACGUACGUGACAUGCACAUAGCGGCACGCACGUACGGGCAAGCGAUCAAAUGUUUGGAAGCGUACUCACGGUACCGCGUCUGCGCAUCCAACUCAAAGUCCUCCUGGUAAGAGUCUCUGUUGUCCCAGUUCUCCACAGGCCAAUGGUAAAGCUUGACUGUCAUCUUUCGGGAAUGUAAACAAUGAAACACCGGCUGUGUUUGUGUUGCUGCAGUCGGCCGCAAUACACCGCUUCCCACCUACAGCUUUCUUCUUUGCUGUCUCCAUUGUUCAUUGAACAAAUUGCAAAAGAUUCACCAACACAGAUGUCCAGAAUACUGUGGAAUUUUGCGAUGAAAACAGACGACUUAAUAGCUGGCCACCAUGCUGUCCCAAAAUGUCCUCUACAAUCCGUGACGUCACGCGCUGACGUCAUCAUACCGAGACGUUUUCAGCAGGAUAUUUUGCGCGAAAUUUAAAACGUCACUUUAGUAAGCUAACCCGGCCGUAUUGGCAUGUGUUGCAAUGUUAAGAUUUCAUCAUUGAUAUAUCAACUAUCAGACUGCGUGGUCGCUAGUAGUGGCUUUCAGUAGGCCUUUAAAGGUAUAUCAGCCUUUAGGAAAAACAAUGAUCAGAUAUAGCCUUGCCUUUUGUGUCCAGUUAUAAAAAUAAAGGUUUGUG